UUGACACCGACGCCAUUUUGCUGCUUCCAUUGUGUGAAGAUAGUAAAUAUCUGGCUGCCAGACAACCAUAACACACUUGAAUCGCUGCGGGAAAAACCCUCAAUUUCACCCCCGGUGAUACCUUGUCGUGAUGGCUCGUACCAAGCAAACAGCUCGUAAGUCCACUGGAGGAAAAGCUCCUCGUAAGCAGCUGGCUACCAAAGCUGCCCGCAAGAGCGCCCCCUCCACCGGUGGUGUCAAGAAGCCCCACCGCUACAGGCCCGGUACUGUGGCUCUGAGAGAGAUCCGUCGGUAUCAGAAAUCCACUGAGUUGCUGAUUCGUAAGCUGCCCUUCCAGCGUCUCGUGAGGGAGAUCGCUCAGGACUUCAAGACCGACCUGCGUUUCCAGAGUGCUGCCAUUGGAGCGCUGCAGGAGGCCAGCGAGGCGUAUCUGGUGGGUCUGUUCGAGGACACCAACCUGUGUGCCAUCCAUGCCAAGCGUGUCACCAUCAUGCCCAAAGACAUCCAGCUGGCACGCCGCAUCCGUGGAGAGCGCGCUUAGACCGCCUCCUGGUGCUUCACUUCAGACCUGUUUUUCUUCACCCGUCCCUCCCCUCACUGCUUCGUCUCCCCCUCCCAGCUGACCCUCACCCUCCGUCCCUGCCUGCCCAGCUUCUCAGUAGACGUUAGUGUAAUCCUAAUUAUAAACCAAUAGCGAUAUCUGGAAGUUUGGCCCCUCGUAGGGUUGUUUUGUCUUCAUCAGAUGUUUUUAGGGUACCUUUUUCGUGCAUGUAAAGGGUUUUGCAGAUCAGAUGCGCAUGUGCUCACAUAGUCAAACAUGCGUCGCUGGGUUUGAGCGGUUUUUCAGAACAUGAAGCCCUCCAGGGAGCUCAUUCCUGCCAGCUGAUGCGGUUUGUAAGGUAAACAGAGCCAAAGCAGAGGGACAUGGCCGAGGGGCUAGUCUGCUUAAGGGGAGCUGCAACUUCCACAGCAGGGUGCUAUUGAAACUAGUCCCGAGGCCUGUGGCCCCCUCUGAACACCCUCCUCCCCUCCCACCCAGUCCGUCCCCCUGCACCCCAGUUCCUCCACUUUGCUUUGGGGGGGUGGACCGCUGCUCUGUUGGUGUGGACAUGUGAACCCUGAUCUUCCACAACCAGUUGUUCUCAACAAUCUCUUGGUUGCUUAAAAAUAUUGUGGAUAUGGUGUCUAUUUUUUUUAAACAUAUAAGUCACGGAGGAGCUUCUCUACCUUUAACACUUCCCAAAUGAUCAAGAUAAAAGCAACAAAAACAUCUGUUUCCUGCACGGUUACCAGGUGCUUUACUUUACAGGGAUCUGAUUUUCAGUAGAAACGUGUGGUUUCAGAUGGCGGCCACACGGGGGCGCUAGUUCACCAAGCUUCAUUUGUUCUUUCACCACUGAUAAACAUUACACAACAGGAUAAAUUGACAUUGUGAAAGUUACACUCUGCAUGUUAAAGCAUAUAAACUGUCCCUUUCUCAGAAUUUGUGAUACAGAAUAUAACCUCAUAUUUGUUUUCUUUUAUAUUUUUCUUAUUCCUUGAGAUUUUCAGACAUAUAAAUAAGCUGAUCUUUGUAUUUUCCAAAUUUCUCAUAUUAUGGUGGUAAUAAAUAGAUGUUAAAAGAAA